AUGGUUCGCCGAUGGGAGCCAGGCCCUGGCCCACUGGGCUCCCCGCUGGCUCUGACCCCAGGGGCUCUCCCCAGGAGCGUCGGGGUGCUGACCUACGUCAUGCUGACGGGCGAGUCGCCGUUCCUGGGCGACACCAAGCAGGAGACCUUCCUGAACAUCUCGCAGGUGAACGUGCAGUUCCCGCCCGACGUCUUCCAGGGCAUCUCGGACCAGGCCAUCGACUUCAUCCGCUCCCUGCUCGUCAAGAACCCCAGGAAGCGGGCCAAGGCCGAGCAGUGCCUGCAGCACCCCUGGCUGGCCCCAGCCCCGGCCCCGGCGCUGGAGCUGGCGUCCCCAGUGCGGGCUGAGUCGGAGCAGGCCCCGGCGAGGGAGGGCAGCAGUGGCCCCGAGGAGGACGAGGAGCUGGUGCUGGUGGCCUCUUACACGAUGCCCUGCCCCUGCCGCCAGCUCGGGGGCUUGGAGGUGCGGGAGACGGAGCUGGCUGGGGCGCGGAAGCCGUUCCCAGCCCUGCAGGAGAUCGCCCAGGAGCUGGUGUUCUGAGCCGACCGCUCGCAUCCCCUUUGCCUGCUGCCUUGGAGAGCAGUACGCCGGACUCGCCCCAGGCCUGCCAGGCGCAUUUCCGAGCCUGCCCCGGAGUCGGGGCCCCUGGACGCGAGAGGGACGGGCCCCUGGGAGCAGGCGCAGCUUUGCCUCGGUCCUGGGGGAGCCAGACGGGCGCCUGGGCCGCUCUGCCCCACAGCCACGGCUCCGGUGUACAUAGCGCUGCAGGGGAGGACGGAGCCUGCCAGACGGGAUAGGGUGGGUCACUGUGGGGGAGGGGAGCCCCCCAGCGUCAGUGAUGGGGGACAGGAGCACCCGUUACCAGCAGGAGCUGGAUGGGGGAUCGCUGCCCUGCACGGCUGGACGAGGCGGCGGCUGCAGGAAGAGACCGAGCCCCUGUGACCUCUACAGGAGACAAACCCCAUGGAAAAGCCUCGGGGGUCACCCCACAGCCCCACAUUCAAACCGAAAUCCGCAGCAGCUGCCAGUGGGAGCACAGGGCCCAGCGGGCCAGAGGCUGCUUCAGCACUGAACCCGGGAAGCUCCAUUUGGGGGCUGGCCCUGUGGCACAAGGAUGCCCCCCCCGCCCUGUUGUGGGGCAUGGAAGGGCCCCACUGCCUGGCCCUGCCGCCCCCGGGCAGCUUACCCAAGCUUUGCCUCUGGUUUCUUAAUUAGCAAGUUAGUUACUGGCCCCUUUGGGCUGGGGGAGGUGGAGGGCUGGGCUGCACGGACGUGCUGUUCUGUGCCAGCGUGCUGGGCACGGGGAGAGCCCUGGUGAGGGCAAGGGGCGGCUGGCACCAGGAGCUGACAGUGCCACCCGAUUUCGCUGAGGGUCCAGGUGCCGAUUGCAGGGUAAAUGGGAGCAGUCCCCGUGCUGCCUGUGUUCACACCGUGGCGUCUGGCGGCCAGGCAGGGACUCGAGGGGGAGCCCCAAGCCGGGAGCUCCUGCCAGCAGGUGCCUGGCCCAGCAGAGGGGACAGCAGCCGGGGCCCGGUGCUCCAAGCUGCAGUCACGUCCGGCGCUGGGCGUUGCGGCUGCCCUGCAGGGUUAGCCCCAGGAGGGAACGGGCUGCCGGGUGCUGCCGCUUGCCACGUUGUUGCUUCGUUUUUUUUUUAAAUAAAGGAUUAAAGUUUCUAUCUA